GGUUACUCCGGACACGAUUAGCAGACCAACAUUAGAGAGGGGCUUCGCGCCGAAUUGAACUGAAUUAAAGUUGCUUAUUAAAGUCACUGUAGUUGGAUUUGUGUACAUAUUCAGAAACAAUGAAGAUAGAGGAGGUGAAAAGCACAACGAAAACUCAGCGUAUUGCCUCACACAGCCAUGUGAAAGGUCUUGGACUAGACGAAGCCGGUAAUGCAAAGCAGUCAGCAUCAGGCCUGGUGGGACAGGAGACUGCUAGAGAGGCAUGUGGCAUCAUAGUAGAACUAAUUCGCUCCAAGAAAAUGGCAGGAAGAGCAGUAUUGCUGGCCGGACCUCCUGGAACUGGAAAGACGGCGCUUGCCCUGGCGAUGGCUCAGGAGCUGGGGAAUAAGGUGCCCUUCUGUCCCAUGGUGGGCAGUGAGGUGUACUCAACAGAGAUCAAGAAAACAGAGGUGCUGAUGGAGAACUUCAGAAGGGCUAUUGGCUUGCGUAUUAAAGAGACGAAGGAGGUGUAUGAGGGGGAGGUGACGGAGCUGUCGCCCUGUGAGACGGAGAACCCCAUGGGUGGCUACGGGAAAACCAUCAGCCACGUCAUCAUCGGCCUCAAGACCGGAAAGGGCACCAAGCAACUCAAGCUGGAUCCAAGUAUCUAUGAGAGUCUGCAGAAGGAGAGGGUGGAAGUAGGUGAUGUCAUCUACAUCGAAGCCAACAGUGGAGCAGUCAAGAGGCAGGGACGCUGUGACACGUUUGCCACCGAGUUCGACCUGGAGGCCGAGGAGUACGUCCCGCUGCCCAAAGGAGACGUGCACAAGAAGAAGGAGAUCAUCCAGGACGUCACGCUCCACGACCUGGACAUAGCCAACGCCAGGCCACAGGGAGGACAGGACAUCAUGUCAAUGAUGGGACAACUGAUGAAGCCCAAGAAGACAGAAAUCACAGAUAAGUUGCGAGGCGAGAUCAAUAAGGUGGUGAACAGGUACAUAGACCAGGGUGUGGCGGAGCUGGUGCCGGGGGUGCUGUUUGUGGACGAGGUGCACAUGCUGGACAUCGAGUGCUUCACCUACCUGCACCGCGCCCUGGAGAGCUCCAUCGCCCCCAUCGUCGUCUUCGCCUCCAACCGCGGCAACUGCCUCAUCAGGGGAACGGAGGACAUCACCUCUCCUCAUGGCAUCCCUCUCGAUCUGCUGGACAGGGUCAUGAUCAUCAGGACCAUGCUCUACACUCCACAAGAGAUGAAACAGAUCAUUAAGAUUCGCGCACAGACUGAAGGCAUUACCAUCAGUGAGGAGGCUCUGUCACACCUGGGAGAGAUCGGCAACAAGACCACGCUAAGGUAUGCGGUCCAGCUGCUGACGCCGGCCAGCCUGUUGGGACGAGUGCAGGGGAAGGAGAGUGUGGAGCGAGAACAGGUGGAGGAGAUCAACGAGCUCUUCUAUGACGCCAAGUCCUCCGCCAAGAUCUUACAGGACCAACACACCAAGUUCAUGAAAUAACUCCCAUCUCUGUUUCAAUGUGAUUUGCUCGCUGUUCUCUCACUUGUACUGUCUGCUGUCGAAGGUAGUUUUGAAAAGGCCUUUUGUCAGAAUGUCUAUAUGUUUAAUUUUAUGUUCUUUAAUAAAAAAAAAAUGUA